AAAGGCCCCUCAUGGCCUCCUUGAGUGGACAAACUCAACAGAGAAAGCUUCCCAUACUGCUCUUUGACAUCAUGGACACAAUCGUUCGUGACCCUUUUUACCAGGAUGUCCCUUCCUUCUUUGGAAUGCCUAUGAAGGAACUAAUAGAAUGCAAGCACCCAACUGCAUGGAUUGAAUUCAAAAAGGGGCUGAUUGAUGAGAUGGAGUUAGCCAGAAAAUUCUUUAAUGACGGAAGGCCUUUCAAUUUGGAAGGUGCAUGAGAGCUAAAACUUUCCAAAUUGGAAGUGAUGAAAACAUUUUAUCAAAAUGGUGGCCAGUGAGACGGAGGAAGCUCUAGCUCGGUAGAGCACAUAGCCUGCUUCACGAAACUGAUUAGUUGCCUUUCAAUAUAUA